UCUAUGUUGAAAUACUACUACGAGUCUACGACCAAUAUGGUAAUGAAAAUUCUGACACCUUUGAUAAUUAUCAAACGUUUUAUCCAACCGCAUAAAGAGAACACGAUAUGGACAAAAAGGGUAGUUCUUUUCUCUCUUUUAAUCAAUGAACACUGAACAUGCUUUUGACUUUUGGGGUACAUAAAUUUACCCACAGUCACAAUUCAUUAUUCACAUUAUUAUCCGUUAGUUCCUUCUCAUUCUAAAUUCAUUAGUACUACUAUCUUCUUCUCUAUGUUCUUCACUCUUCUGACCUCCUUUGGAACCUAUAAUUAGGGGUGGACAAGAACCGUUCACCCGGCCAAAUCCGCCGGUAACCGAAAAAGAAAACCGAAAUGGGCGGGUUCAAACGGUCUAUCGGAUCAGUGAUUGAAAUAUAGCAGUUUUAAUUGGGUUUAUAUGGGCGGGUCGAGUUCAAAAUUCUGAACCGCGGAUACCCUAACCCGCCCAAUUGAGAUACCCUCCUAGGGUUUUCCAGCAGCCAAAUUUCAUUCUGUUCUCUCACUCACACCCAAUACCAGUAAGCAUUUUUUUGUUUUCUCACUCACAGCCGCACCUCCAUGAAAAUAUUCUAGCUUCAAUUCUCAACAUCAUUCCACCACCAUCAUUCACCACCCACCACCUUCAACUCUCACCAUUCACCGCCCAAUUUUCAAUCCACGCGCCACUUUCGGUUUCCGCUGCUUCCACACCUCAGCUCAUCUUCCAACGCUUCGUGGCUCGCCGCUCUUUUCCGCCAACACACUCACCGCUAAUUCCGUUCCGAUAUAAAAAUCAAAAUAUUGCAGUUAAAAUUAUCAACAAGGGAGAAACACCAGAAGAGAUUUCAAGGAGAGAGGCUCGGUUUGGUAGAGAGGUUGCAAUGCUAUCGAAAGUUCAACACAAAAAUUUAGUCAGGUUUAUCGGGGCCUGCAAAGAACCUGUGAUGGUUAUAGUAACUGAACUUCUAUUAGGUGGAACAUUACGUAAGUAUCUCUUGAGUAAGUAUCUCUGAAUUGUUCUUUAUUCUCUGCAGGUUGGUGUUGUUUCUGAUUAUGACUUGUCUAAAGCAAAGUAAGAGCUUGCACCAUUUAUUGCUUUUUUUCAUACUUUAAGUGCUUUUCUUAGGACCUUUCAAAUUGUUUUUACAAAUUAUCUUGUUGAACUUAUAAUUAAAAGUAAAUUAUGUUGAUUAAUAAGUUGAAGUAAUUUAUCCAAACAUUCUUAAGUCAUUGUAGAAAUUCAGUGCAUUUCAUUUUCAACUCAAAUAGCUAUCAUCUAUUUUCAUGUUAUUUUAUCUGUUAAUGACUUUUUUCAAAUAGCCAAUUUUUACUUGAUUUCUAUUUUAAAUUUUGCAACCUGCUUUUCCUUCAAUUAUGUUGAUUAUGGCUCCGUCAUUUUUCAGUGAUGGGUCAGCCUAAUCAAACUAUACCUACUCAAUCUGUCAUGAAUGAAGUUGGUUCAACAACAACAACUGAAGUUGUUGGAGCAGAAUUAGUUAAUACCCAACCUACAAAGAAGAGGAAAGCUAGUGCAAGUGGUUCUAGGCAAUCAUCUGCUUGUUGGGAGCACUUUAUUAGAUUACCAGAUGACUUAGUUGAUACACCAACUGCAGCUUGUAAACACUGCCACAAAAAAUACCUAUGUGACCCUAGGACUCAUGGCACCACCAACAUGAACCAUCACAUUCUAAAAUGUGCAAAGAAGCCUAGAACCAUUGAUCCCACCCAAACUAUUCUGACAUACCCCUCUGCAGAAGGAUCUAGUUUGGGUCAUGUUAGCUCCAAAUUUGACAAGCAAGCUUGUAGAAAAGCUUUGUCAAUUUUUGUGGUUCUAGAUGAAAAACCAUUUAGUGCAGUUGAGGGGGAAGGUUUUAAGUACUAUUCUAAAGUAAUGCAGCCCCAAUUUACUCUCCCAUCUAGGCGUACAGUAGCUAGAGACUGUUUUCAGCUACACUUGGAUGAGAAACAAAAACUAAAAGCCUUCUUUAAGUCUGACUGCAAUAGAGUAGCACUUACUACUGAUUGUUGGACUUCUAUCCAAAAUCAAAACUACUUAACCCUUACGGCACACUUUGUGGAUAACGAAUGGAACUAUCAAAAGAGAAUUUUAAGCUUCACAGUUAUUCCAAACCACAAGGGUGAUACGGUAGGUAGGAAGAUUGAAGAGGUGUUAAGGGAUUGGGGAAUUAGGAAUGUGUCUACCAUAACUGUUGAUAAUGCAACUUCAAAUGAUGUAGCUGUAGCAUAUUUGCAUAGAAAAAUAUCAACUAUGAAUGGGAUGAUGGGGGAUGGAAAAUGUUUUCAUAUGAGGUGCGCUGCUCACAUAUUGAAUUUGGUGGUAAAUGAGGGUUUGAAAGAUAAGCAUUUGUCUAUUACUAGUGGUAGGGAUGCUGUUAGAUUUUUCAAGUCCUCACCUCAUAGGGCAGCCAAGUUUAAAGAGUGCAUUGAAUUUGCUGGAAUAACUUGUAAAAAACUAGUAUGUCUCGAUGUUUCAACUCGUUGGAACGCGACAUAUUUGAUGCUUGAGGCUGCAGAGAACUUUCAAGCUGCUUUUGAUAAGCUUGAGUAUGAAGAGUCGAGCUAUAGGGAGUUCUUUGGAAAAGGUAGUCCUUCUAGUAGUGAUGAUUGGGACAUUGUUAGAGCUUUCAUCUCUUUUUUAAAGUUAUUCUAUGAAGCAACUAAUGUUUUUUCCACCUCUCAAAGUGUGAGUUUGCAUAGUGCUUUUCACCAAGUGUCUGCGAUCUAUUGUGAGCUGAAGCAAGCUACUAUGAACUUGAAUGGUGUUUUUGCAAGUGUGGGUGGGGACAUGAUGGAAAAGUAUAAUAUCUGUGUCUUAGUUUGGUGA